GGUAGCUAGUGUUCUUCGCUUAACGCUCUACACUGCGCAUUGCGCACCCGGAUUGCAGAAAAACGCAGGUCUUCGGCUCUCGGCCACGUGUCGAGCGGACAUUAAUGGCUAAGAGACGUGCUGAGGAAUGUCUGCUGUACGAGUCUCCCUCCAAACGGUGCUGUGCUCGCCUGAGCCGUGUUGACAUCCCGCUGGACAGCAUGGCUCCAACCGGCGGGGGCGUGAGUCCGCCGGCCCUGCUGGCUUUGUUGGACAGCCGCUGCAGAAAGCGGUCGCAUUACCCAGAAGCCCCGGACAGCCAGGUAGAAACCAGAACUGCCCUGCACGGUAAAGCCGUGCAUUGCGACGCGAGGGAGAAUAUAAACGUUGAGAGUGUGCACACUUCUGGAAGUUUCCAGAAGCGACCCGUCUCCCCCGGCCCGGAUACAAAUCCCUCGAAACGACCCCGGAGUGACUCCAAAAGUUCAGAGACUGAUAUCCGCGGGGCUGCUGAUGAAGGCGAUAAAGAACAAAACACUGAGGACUUCAUCUACAAUUCCUUCCAGUACUGGAGGUUGCCCUUACCCCAACUAGACCUUUCUCUUCUGGAGAGUGGAAGUGAUGACCCCCAAACUAAAGGAACGUCUAAACUCAAAGAUUCUUCUUAUGAUGCCAUGGAGACCUGAAGAGUGAAAAUACUAUUCCUGCUGUCAGGACAUCACAUGGAAGACACUGAGAUAUUUUUGAGAACAUAAGAAGACUGCUUGAAAUGCAUUCAGAGGAGAUGCGAAGAUAGGCUGUUCUAAACAGCCCUGUCAGAGGGAUACACACUGUCCUGGAGAAAAAUCCUACAGAAUAUGAUAAGGAACAGCACAUCUGUGAGAUGUUUGGACGUCUUUCUUAACGGAUGCUUGUUUGUUGUUGAAUCCUGGAUAUAGAUGGCGUUUAGGACAAUCUGAUGUUGCCCCAUGACCACUGCAUUUUGUUCAUGUUAAAUUUUCAUGUUACAAGCCUAUAGUGGAAUUCAUAAGUGUAUUUUAAUGUGUUUUUGUACUAGCAAAUAUACAUACUUUUGUUCAAGAACUUAACGCAGUCUGCACAUAAACUUACAAUAAUAUCUAUUGUGUAGAUUUUCAGAGCUUGUUUUAGGCAAAUGUUAAGAAUACACAUGAUAAAUGCCUCAUUAAAAGCUUCUUGGGAUACUGUACUGGUAUGUUUAUUCCAUAUUGCUCAUAGAUGCUAGUUAUCAGAAUUUUCAUUGUUUGAAAUGAAACAUUUUCAUUCUGACUCUUUUAAUGCUUGUAUUAAAAUUUUUCAUUUGAAUUUUGAGCCAGUGCUGCCUAUGUUGUUGGUCAAUA